AUGCCGAUCGCCCAGCAAACAAGCCUGGGGUGGAUCCUCUCUGGCGGAUACGACGCCGCAUCAGUCAACGGACAUCGCCGCACAUUCCGAUGCACCGCCGAUCAUGACCUCGCCGACCUCGUUCGCCGCUUUUGGGAGCAGGAGAGCGAGCCAAUAUCUCAGGCUCCACUCACUCCUGACGAAACCAAGUGCGAGGAGCUUUACGUGCGCACCGUCACACGCACGCCCACCGGAAGAUACAUGGUGAGACUGCCUCUUGCAUCACCGCCGACGACUCUUCAAGACACUCGCCGCCCUGCGGAGCACCUCCUGAAAGCCAUGGAGUCCAAGGGCAGCCGAGACCCUCGAUUUGGCGACCUCUAUCGCAGCUUCAUGCAGGAAUACGAGGACCUGCAACAUAUGAAGAGGGUAAAUAUCGCAACAACAGCUGAGAAGAUCAGAUGCUACUUACCGCAUCACGGGGUCCUGAAGGAGGCGAGCACGACGACGAAGCUCCGAGUCGUGUUCAACGGCUCUCAACGGACACGAACUGGGAACUCGCUGAAUUCGCAUCUGCUGACUGGGGCGAAUUUGCUGCCCGCUCUCACCGACGUGCUGCUGCGAUGGCGUUGGCACCGGUAUGUCUUCGUCACAGACAUCGAGAAGAUGUAUCGCCAAAUUCUCGUACAUCCUGAGGACUGCAGCCUUCAAACGAUACUGUGGCGUCAACACAAAACGAGCGAGAUCCAGGAGUACGAGCUGCUGACGGUGACCUACGGCAUGGCGUGUGCACCGUUCCUGGCCAUCCGAACGCUGCGGCAACUCUGUGCGGACGAAGGGGCGCAGUUUCCUCAAGGGGCCACAGCACUUCGGCGAGAUUGCUACGUCGACGACGUAGUCACCGGAGCGGACGACCUCGGCGAUGCCGUCAACCUCCAGACAGAGCUGCGCAAUCUCUGCAUGGCGGGCGGAUUUCCGCUGAGGAAGUGGGCUUCAAACAAUCCGGACGUCCUCAGCGGAGUCCCACAGGAGCACCGGCUGCAGCAAGGACCACAUUCCUGGGACGACGAGAGCCAUUCGACCUUGGGUCUGCGAUGGCAUCCUCAAGAAGACCGGUUUGCCUUCGCCAUACAUCCUCGUGUAGUCAGCGAGUUUACGAAGCGACGAGUCCUCGCAGAGACUGCACGGCUGUUUGACCCGAUGGGCUGGCUCGCACCUGUCGUGAUUCGGGCGAAGAUCCUGAUCCAGACCACCUGGCUUCAGCAACUCGACUGGGACACUCCACUACCUGCCAAGGACGUCAAACGUUGGCAACAGCUGCUGAACCAGCUACCUCUGCUCAGCAACAUACGGGUGAAUCGCUGGCUCAGCACCGACAGCGAUUACUCCACGUUGCAGAUCCACGGCUUCGCAGAUGCAUCAGAGCGAGGAUAUGCUGCCGCCGUUUACAUCCGCAACUCUGGAAAGAAACAAAUCACAAUCAAUUUAAUCAUGGCGAAAUCCAAAGUCGCGCCCGUCAAGCCAUGCACCUGUGGUCCGAUUCCAAGGUCACUCUCCAUUGGAUCCAGGGACACGCCGCUCGCUGGAAAACGUUCGUCGCCAACCGGGUGGCUCACAUCCAGACUCAGCUCCCGGACGCUCAGUGGAGACACGUGGAAGGACAAUCCUGCAGAUUGCGCAUCACGAGGAAUUAAUCCGGAAGAGUUAGUCAAUCACACGCUAUGGUGGACGGGACCUACCUGGUUGGCAUUGGACGAGACAGCGUGGCCCAGCUCAGGGGUCGACAUCGCAGAGGACGACCUUCCGGAACAACGCACCACCAGCCUGAUGACCAAAGGUGCCGUCAUCGUUGAACCGGAUCUUCUCCUUCGGUUCUCCACACUCCAUCGGCUGCUGCGCGUUACGGCCUGGUGUCGUCGAUGGCUCAACGUGGCGAGCCGAGAGGUCACACUUGGUCGUCCGCUGCAUCCUGACGAGCUGGACGCCGCCCUACUUCAGUGGCUUCGAAUUGUGCAGGCACUCCACUUCCCGGACGAGAUAGCCGCUGCCACUGCGGGACGUCCCGGUCCACCACGCAGUUCACUGAUCAAACUCAGUCCAUUCCUCGACGACCAAGGUGUACUGCGCGUAGGAGGGCGCCUCAAACACGCUCUGCUGCCUUACGACGAAAAGCACCCGGUGAUCGUUCCGCCGGCCUCCUGGAUGACGCGACUGCUCAUCGAGUCCUGCCAUCGUCGGUCUCUACACGGCGGCGUCCAGAUGACUCUCGGCUUGCUUUAUCUUCGAUUCUGGGUGCCACUCCACAGCCUCCAAUGGGCUAUCCACCUCGAGGUCGUCUCGGACUACAGUUCCGAGGCCUUCAUCGCCGCCUUACGCCGCUUCGUUUCCCGCAGAGGCCUGUGUACGGACGUGUACAGCGACUGCGGCACGACGUUCGUCGGCGCCGAUCGCACCCUGCGCGAGCUCUUCAAGGCGUCAUCUUCCGAGGGCCAUCACAUCGCUCGCGCCGCCAACAAUCAAGGGAUCCGCUGGCACUUUAAUCCGCCAGCGGCCCCUCACUUCGGUGGUCUGUGGGAGGCUGCCGUAAAAUCCACAAAGUUCCACCUCCGUCGAGUAAUCGGCGAAACCACCCUCACAUAUGAGGAGCUUAGCACACUCCUCACGCAAAUCAAGGCGUGUCUUAAUUCUCGUCCGUUGCAGGCUUUAUCAGACGAUCCGGACGACACUUCGGCGCUCACACCAGGCCACUUCCUCAUCGGGGCGCCACUAUUAGCCGUACCUGAGCCAUCGUCGACUGGUCAACCAGCAUCCACACUGUCACGCUGGCGUCAUCUCCAAUUGAUGCGAGACCAUUUUUGGCAGCGUUGGUCAGCGGA